AUGAAGAUCAACUUCCUCUCCGUCCUCUUCGCCACUGCUGCCAGUGCCGCCGUUCAGGGCUUCGAUAUCUCCGGCUAUCAACCCACCGUGGACUUUGCCGGUGCUUAUGCAUCUGGUGCUCGCUUUGUCAUGAUCAAGGCGACUGAGGGUACCUCUUUCAUCUCCAGCUCUUUCUCGAGCCAGUACACUGGUGCCACCAAGGCCGGUCUGAUCCGGGGUGGUUACCACUUUGCCCACCCCGACAGCAGCUCCGGUGCCGCGCAAGCCACUUACUUCCUUGCCCACGGUGGUGGUUGGUCCAACGAUGGUAUCACCCUGCCCGGUAUGCUGGACAUUGAAUACAACCCGUCCGGUGCCACCUGCUAUGGGCUCAGCGCAUCUGCCAUGGUCGCCUGGAUCAAGGACUUUGGUAACACCUACAAGGCCAAAGCCGGUCGCUAUCCUAUGAUCUACACCACUGCCGACUGGUGGAACACUUGCACUGGUGGCAGCACUGCCUUCAGCGCCGACUACCCCUUGGUCCUGGCUCGUUACGCCUCCUCUGUUGGUACCAUCCCUGGCGGCUGGCCCUACCAGAGCUUCUGGCAGAACUCCGAUUCCUACAAGUAUGGAGGAGAUUCUGAGAUCUGGAAUGGCAGCGAAGCCAAUCUGAAGAUCUUUGCCACCAACGCUGCGUAA